GAUUGGGGGGUGGGGGGAUUCAGAAGUGAUAUGGACAUCCCACCGCAGCCCCAAACCCCAGGGGGAACCCAGGAGUCCGGGACCCCAGUCGCCUCGCAGAGCCGGGGAGAGAACGCAGGAGUCCUGGCUCCAAACAUCCACCGCCCGCACCAGCUCCCACCCACUGGACUCCACUCCGCUACCAGAUAUGGGGCUAAACCCAGGAGUCCCGGCUCCCCACGCAAGCCCAGCAGAUCUGCCGCCACCCGUCCCGGAAUUGUGGGGGGGAGCCGACGGACGGACCCAGGUGUCCCGUCCUACUUUGUCUCUGACUAUGACCCUACCAUCGAGGACUCAUACACUAAGAUCUGCAACAUUGAUGGCAUCCCCACCCGGCUGGACAUCCUGGACACAGCAGGGCAAGAGGAGUUUGGGGCCAUGCGGGAGCAGUACAUGCGCACGGGUGAGGGGUUCCUGCUCAUUUUCGCCAUCAAUGACCAUGGCAGUUUCAAUGAGAUCAACAAGUUCCACACUCAGAUCCUGCGGGUCAAGGACCGUGAUGAGUUUCCCAUGAUCCUCGUGGGCAACAAGGCCGACCUGGACAUGCAGCGCCAGGUGCCCAAGGAAGAGGCACUGGCUUUUGCCCGGGAGAAUCGCAUCCCUUACAUGGAGGCCUCGGCCAAAAUCCGCCUCAACGUGGACGAGUCCUUCCACGAAGUUGUCAGAGCCAUCAGGAGGUUCCAGGAACAGGAGUCCCCACCUGCCCCCACUGCACACCCCACAAGCAAAGAGUCCAAGGGCUGCCCCUGCUGUAUCCUCUAGCAGGGCACUGGAGGGAUCCACCCUUCCCCCACGACUUUCAACCCCGGCACCCAGAAAGGAAAGGGAGAUCCCUCCCUGAAUCCUUGGGGUGCUGGGGGGAUGGUAUUACAGCAGCAGAGGGGUGCAACAGCAGGCUGAGGGGCUGGCCUGCCAGUGCUGCAUGUAAAUAUCUAUAAAUAGGUGUUACUGGGGGGUAGGUGGUGGGGGUCCAGAGAUUUGGGGGGGCAGGGACAGAGAGGGGGGCCUCUCUGGCUUAGGGGUAAUUUGGCCCUGAUUAUGGGGUAGUAAUGGGGGGCAGCCCCCCUGUCAGACUGCAGCAUCUGGAAGAAGGGGGGGCCCACACUGGAGACUGUCCUAGCUGACCUCCCAGGGGCUCUUAACUAGCACUGUGUGGGGGCUGGGGGACUGGGAAACAGCCCCCACCCAGCAAAGCUAGGGGUGGGUGGGGGCUGUCGGGCACUAAGGUACGGGGAAGGACAAGAUGGUUUCUUCCUAUGCUGCCCCCCCCCCCCAAAUGGGGUCCCCAAAACAGAAGAAAUGCCCCUUGCUACAUUAGGCCAAAGCUUGAUCCUAAGAGCAGACCCUGGGGGGGGGGCGGGGUUGUGGGGAGGGGAGGCACAGCUCACUCUGUAGCUGGAUCUAGUACAUCCCUUCCCCCCUGUAUUUGGGGGUGGGGGAUCCCACUGUGUACACGUAUAGAGGCAGGGACCAGGGGUCCCUGUGGGGUGAUGCCACGGACAAUUCUAAGCACUGCUUGGGAAGGGAGGGGGGCGGGCGAGGGGAGACCAAGGGGAUUCUGGGAAAGAGGCAACAAACAGGCUGGGAUGUGGCAGGGGGGAUUACAGAUUCCCCACCCCAACAAGGGGCAUAGGGGAUGGGAGAAGACCCCCCCAUACUCCAUAGCAUGGGGUUGGGAGACCCAAGAAGUGACUCACUCUCCUCCCCCUCCCAUCACCAUCACAGAAGCAGUGAAUGGUCAGUUCAUUACAUAGGUGGUUGGGUUUUUACUGGAGGCCAUUGUGGGAAGGGGUGGGGAGUGUUGCUGGGGGUUCAGUCUUCCUCACUCUGAGGCCCUUGCCAGAGAUACCAAAGACCAAAUUCCUUCUCCCUGGUGUUAGUAAAGUCACGGGUGGUGGCUACAUUAAAGUGCCUUACAGUGA